AUGAAUAACAAUAAUAAUUCCAACUUUAGCGACUUGCUCGCCUCUCACUCGACAAAUAAUAAUAAUAAUCACAGCAAACUUAUUACUCUAAAUAUUGGAUCUCUUAACUAUCGAAGCGUUGCUAAGCUAUCUCUUCCUGAAAAACGCCAAUCCUUCGUUCAUCAUCUUCGUCUCCAAUCGUUAGAUAUCCUCUCGCUACAGGAUACCAACGCUGAGGAUAAAACGUGUCUCAAUCCCUCCAUUACUGUUACACUCAUACCAGUCACUGUCGACCAGCGGUUGAUCAUUUGCGAGAUCUCUCACACCCGCCGCAUGUUCGAACCUUUUACCUUAGCUAAUCUAUAUGCACCUCCUCAGCAUGCACAGAAUUGCAUGUCCUUUGGAAGCGUGCUUUCUCUACCUCCUUUCUCGUCCUUUUCAACAGAUUAG